AUGCCAACUGCUAGGUUAGAUUGCUCAUUAGUACCAGAUAUCAUUAAUUCCAAUUCAGAUAACCUAAUAUUCACAUCUUAUGGAUUGACACUUUUAGAAAUACAAGGAGAAUUAAACUUACCUUUACAAUAUCCAAAGGGAAAACCACAAACACCUGAAGAUUUCGAAUAUUUGAAUAAUUUUAUAACUAUAAAUGAUAUUUAUCAUGCUGUUAAGUUUGGAAAUUUGGUUUUUGAUCCUCAUGAUGAUAAGAAAGUAACACUAUUUAUUGGCAAAUCACAAAGAUUAUUAGGUAACAUAGUAAAACUACAGACUCCACUUGCAAUCUUGAGAAUUCCUACCAAUAGAAAUGGUGAUGAUGAUGAUGAUAUGGUGGACGAUAAAGAAGAUAUUAAAAUAGUUGAUAUCGUAAAGGCAAAAUUGAUCUUUGAACAAAGACCAUUACCGAUUAUGUAG